UUUGACUCUUUCAACAUUCCCUCAAACUCCACUUCAAGCAAAGAAAUAACACAAGACAUACAAAGUGUUAGGAAAACUAAGAUAUAUAUGGCUAUGGAGUUAGAGCUUGAUGAUGAUGUCUUCUUUGCAGACAUAAGCAAACAGAUCUCUCUUCUUAUUAUGGAUGAAGAUGAACAGUUAAACCCUGUUUCUCUCUCUACAUCCUCUCUUGCGUUCCAGGGCAUGUUCAGAGAAAGCUAUCAAACGGAUCCAUAUAUGUAUCAUAAAGAACCAAGCAAAGGAACUGGUGUGUUCAUCCCUAAAUCUUCUCAGUCCAGAAGAAGACUUCAUCAUCCGAAGCAAGGUAGGUUUAGUUCCUUCAACGCCAAGCAACACAACUCUAUUCAUCAAAACAGACAACUGUAUCAGAACAACUCAAGGAGUACUCUCACCACUCACAACAACAACAAGAGCAGCAUGAUCACUAGUAAUGUUCAUGCUUCUAUGGCAAGAAGAAGCUACAGAGAUGCAGCAUCUAUCUACACUUGAUUAAUUUUUAACAAAUAUUAUUCAUGGUUUUUGUGUGAUUGAUUCAUAUGACUAUAUAUAUAUUCUAUAGAUGCAUAAGAUUUAUUUGUUUGUAAAUCAGCGAAGAAUAAAGCGUUCUUUCUUCUGUAAGGAAGGUCUUGUUCCAAGUUUGUUCUUGUUUUAAUGUAAUUUUUUCUUGUCAUUUUAGAGAUAUUCAUUGACUUCUC